AUGUUGCUCUUCUGCCCCAACUGCGCAAACAUCCUGACCGUCUCCGCCUACGCCGGCGUCCGCAACCGCCUCGAGUGCCGCACCUGUCCCUUCGAGCACGCCAUCACCGAGCCAAUCUACUCGCGCCGCGAAUUUGAGCGCAAGGAGCGUGAGGACGUCUUUGGCGGUCCCGGCGAGUGGGACAACGCCGACAAGGCGCGCGCGCAGUGCCCCAAGGAUGGAUGCAACGGCGAGGAGGCGGCCUUCUUCCAGGUCCAGAUUCGGUCUGCUGAUGAGCCUAUGACUACGUUCUUCAAGUGCAUGACUUGCGGAACGAGAUGGAGAGAGAACUAA